AUCGUGGAACGUGAAGCUCACAUAGUAGAACAAGAUCCGAUCUAAACCCGGUUUCUCGUCGGAAUCUCUUCACGGUUAACCGGCUUUCCUCAUCCACCUUUCGUUAUGGAAGACGUCAAGGGAAAGGAGCUUGUUGAUGAUACUCCACCUGUUGAACAAAAUGAUAACAAGAAGGUUUCAAAUGAAGCUGGAAUUCAUAAACAGCCAUCAUCUGAGUCCGAGGAAAAUGCGAUCAAGAAAAAGUAUGGAGGAUUAUUGCCUAAGAAGAUUCCUUUGAUAUCUAAGGAUCAUGAGCGUGCGUUUUUUGACUCUGCUGAUUGGGCAUUAGGCAAGCAAAAAGGACAAAAGCCUAAAGGGCCUUUGGAAGCUCUCCGACCAAAACUGCAGCCAACACCGCACCAGCAACCAAGAGCAAGACGAAUGGCUUUAUCUUCAGGCGAGAACACUGAAGACGCUGAGGCUGACAACAACGAACCUCUCGAUGACCAAGCUAGCGCCUCAGCUGUUGACAACGCCAAGGAUGAUGGAGGCAUCGAUGCUGCUGGCGGGAAAGACAACAUCAAGUCAUGAACAAACAUAUAUAAAUCUCUUGAGAAGCAACAUCACAAGUCAAUUUUACAGAAGAAUAAGCAACCAGGUUUGCUUUGCAACGGUUGUAGUAAUAUCGAGUCUCUCUCUCUCUUUACAUUAUAUUCCAUACUUGGGCAUCAGCAAAUCUGUAUCACCAUACAAAACCUAGUUGUUGUGUUUGAAACUUCCAAUAGACGAUUUGCAAAUGGUGUUUGCUUUUUAAUGAUCCAUCAAAUACUCUCUUAAUCAAAGUUUC